AUGCCAUUGUCAGGCCUCGCUAUCGCCGUCUUGCUGCUGAUCUCCAUGGCUUCCAGAGCCAGGCCAUGCACUGAGCAGGAGAAGAGCUCCCUGUUCCACUUCAUUACAGGGCUCUCAUGGGACGGCGGCCUUGCCAUGUCGUCGUGGCGGAACAACGGCACGGCGGCGGCCGACUGCUGCUCGUGGGAAGGCAUCACCUGCGGUGGAGGCGGCGUGGUAGUCACCGAGGUCUCCUUGCCCGGUAGAGGACUCCAGGGGCCCAUCUCGCCGGCCCUCGGUGACCUCGCCGGCCUGCGCCGACUCAACCUCUCCCACAACUCGCUGUCCGGCGAGCUGCCACUGGAGCGGCUCCUGAAGUCGUCCUCUCCCACUCCCAGUGGCUUAGUCGCCAUCGACGUCAGCUUCAACCGCCUCGAGGGAGAGCUCCGCGAGCUGCGAUCGUCUAAUUCAGGCUGGCUGUUGCAGGUGCUGAACAUCUCGAGCAACCGAUUUACCGGGGAGUUCCCGUCAGCCACGUGGCAGGCCAUGGGUGAUCUGGUCGUGCUCAAUGCCAGCAACAACAGCAUCCAUGGAAGGAUGCCUUCUUCCUUCUGCAUCAGCUCAUCGACGUCCUUCGCCGUGCUUGACCUUCGCUACAACCAAUUCAGCGGACGCAUCCCAGUUAGUCUAGGUAACUGCUCAUCGCUCCGAGUGCUCAGGGCUGGGCACAACAGAUUCAGUGGGACGCUCCCGGAUGAACUCUUCAACGCCUCCUCGUUGGAGCACCUCUCGCUUCCAAACAAUGGCUUGCAUGGACAACUUGACGGUGCACGUAUCGUCAACCUCAGAAAUCUCGCCCAUCUUGAUCUCGGAGGCAAUGGGCUAGAUGGAAAGAUCCCAGACUCCAUAGGUGAGCUCAGGAGACUCGAGGUGCUUCGUCUGGGCCAUAACAACAUGUCCGGAGAGCUGCCACCAACCUUGAGCAACUGCACAAAUCUCAUGACGGUUGACCUUAAGAACAACUAUUUCAGCGGAGAGCUUACCAGGAUCGAGUUCUCUGCCCUGACCAACCGGAAGACGUUGGAUCUUCUUUUCAACGGCAUUACCGGCAUGAUUCCGGAAAGCAUCUUCUCGUGCAGCAAUCUUAGUGCGCUGCGGCUGGCUGACAACAGAUUACACGGGCAGAUAUCACCGGGAAUAGUCAAUCUGAAGUCUCUUGUUUUUCUGUCACUUGCUUUCAACAAUUUUGCAAACAUCACCAACACGCUCCAUGUCCUCAAGGAUUGUAAGAACCUCACCAUCCUGCUUACUAAUAGUAACUACAAGGGUGAAGCCAUGCCGGAAGAUGAAGCGAUUGAAGGAUUUCAGAAUCUUCGGAUUCUCUCCCUAGCUAGGUGCUCAUUAUCAGGGAAGAUACCACUUUGGCUAUCAAAGCUCAAGAAUCUCAAUGUGCUGUUUUUGCAAAAUAAUCAACUCAGUGGACCAAUACCUGCCUGGAUAAAGAGCCUAAAGUCGCUUUUCCAUCUAGACAUAUCAUACAACAAACUUGCAGGGGAAAUACCGACAGCGUUAAUGGAGAUGCCAAUGCUAACAGCAGAAAAUACGGCGAUCCAUUUGGAUCAAAGUAUAUUUCUGCUGAUUGUUUACAGAGGUACAUCAUUUGAGUACAGGGUAAUCAGUGGUUUCCCAAAUAUGCUGAAUCUUGGCUAUAACAACUUCACUGGAGUGAUCCCUAAAGAAAUUGGUCAGUUGAAAUCGCUCAGUAUACUCAAUCUCAGCUCUAACAGCUUGUCCGGAGAGAUUCCGGUGCAGCUCUGCAGCCUGAAGAAUCUGCAAGUGCUAGACUUGUCAAACAACCUCCUCACAAGUGCAAUCCCAUCAGAUCUUAACAAACUUCACUUCCUCUCUACAAUCAAUGUUUCUAACAACGAUUUGGAAGGGCCAAUUCCAAGAGGAGGCCAGUUUAGUACAUUCACAAAUUCAAGCUUUGGGGGCAAUCCAAAGUUGUGUGGAAAUGCUAUUGAUCGGCCUUGUGGUUCGGCUGAAGCGCCUCUGGUCUCUACUCUCACCACAGAACAAAAAGACAGAAGGAUCGCCUUUGCGAUUGCUUUUUGUGCUUUCUUUGGUGUAGGGGUGUUGUAUGAUCAAAUAGUAAUGUCAAAGUAUUUUAGCUGA